GGGCGGGGGUUCCGUGUUUUGGGAGUAAUGGAGGCGCUGAUUCCUGUCAUCAACAAGCUCCAGGACGUUUUCAACACGGUGGGCGCCAACAUCAUCCAGCUGCCUCAGAUCGUCGUGGUGGGAACUCAGUACAGUGGGAAGAGCUCAGUGCUAGAAAGCCUGGUGGGGAGGGACCUGCUUCCCAGAGGUACUGGUAUCAUCACUCGGAGACCUCUGAUUCUGCAGCUGGUCCAUCUCUCACCAGAAGACAAACGCAAAACAACAGGAGAAGAAAACGGGGUAGAAGCAGAAGAAUGGGGUAAAUUUCUUCACACCAAAAAUAAGCUCUACAUAGAUUUUGAUGAAAUUCGACAAGAAAUUGAAAAUGAAACAGAAAGAAUUUCAGGGAAUAAUAAGGCAGUAAGUCCUGAACCAAUUUAUCUUAAGAUUUUUUCUCCCAACGUUGUGAAUUUGACAAUUGUGGAUUUGCCAGGAAUGACCAAGGUGCCUGUAGGUGACCAACCUAAGGAUAUUGAGCUUCAAAUCAGAGAGCUCAUUCUUCGGUUCAUCAGUAAUCCCAAUUCCAUUAUCCUCGCUGUCACUGCUGCUAAUACAGAUAUGGCAACAUCAGAGGCACUUAAAAUUUCAAGAGAGGUAGAUCCGGAUGGCUGAAGAACCCUCGCUGUGAUCACUAAACUUGAUCUCAUGGAUGCGGGUACUGAUGCCAUGGAUGUGUUGAUGGGAAGGGUUAUUCCAGUCAAACUUGGAAUAAUCGGAGUGGUUAACAGGAGCCAGCUAGAUAUUAACAAUAAGAAGAGUGUAACUGAUUCAAUCCGUGAUGAAUAUGCUUUUCUUCAAAAGAAAUACCCAUCUCUUGCCAAUAGAAAUAGAACAAAGUACCUCUCUAGGACUCUAAACAGGUUACUGAUGCAUCACAUCAGAGACCGCUUACCAGAGCUGAAGACCAGAAUCAAUGUUCUAGCUGCUCAGUAUCAGUCUCUUCUGAACAGCUACGGUGAACUCGUGGAUGAUAAAAGUGCUACUUUACUUCAGCUUAUUACCAAAUUUGCCACAGAAUAUUGUAACACUAUUGAAGGAACUGCAAAAUAUAUUGAAAUUUCAGAGCUAUGUGGUGGUGCUAGAAUUUGUUAUAUUUUCCAUGAGACUUUUGGCUGAACCUUAGAAUCUGUUGACCCAUUAGGUGGCCUUAACACUAUUGAUAUUUUGACUGCCAUUAGGAAUGCUACUGGUCCUCGUCCUGCUUUGUUUGUGCCUGAGGUUUCAUUUGAGCUAUUGGUCAAACAGCAAAUCAAACGUCUAGAAGAGCCCACCCUCCGCUAUGUAGAACUGGUUCAUGAGGAAAUGCAAAGGAUCAUCCAGCACUGUAGCAAUUACAGUACACAGGAAUUAUUACAGUUUCCUAAGCUUCAUGAUGCCAUAGGUGAAGUAGUGACUUGUCUUCUCCAUAAAAGGCUGCCUGUAACAAAUGAAAUGGUACAUAACUUGGUGGCCAUUGAAUUGGCUUAUAUCAACACAAAACAUCCUGACUUCGCUGAUGCUUGUGGGCUAAUGAACAAUAAUAUAAAGGAAUGAAGGAAAAACAGGCUAGCAAGAGAAUUACCUUCAGCUGUAUCACGAGACAAGUCCUCUAAAGUUCCAAGUGCUUUGGUGCCUGCCUCCCAGGAGCCCUCCCCUGCUGCUUCUGCGGAGGCUGACGGCAAGCUAAUUCAGGACAGCAGAAGAGAAACUAAAAAUGUUGCAUCUGGAAGUGGUGGGGUUGGAGAUAGUGGUCAAGAACCAACAACUGGCAACUGGUGAGGAAUGCUGAAAACCUCAAAAGCUGAAGAGGUACUAGCUGAAGAAAAAUCAAAACCAAUUCCACUUAUGCCAGCAAGUCCACAGAAGGGCCAUGCUGUCAAUCUGCUGGAUGUGCCAGUUCCUGUUGCAAGAAAACUAUCUGCCCAUGAACAGAGAGAUUGUGAGGUUAUUGAACAACUCAUCAUCAGAAAGAAUAUUCGAGACAGCGUGCCAAAGGCAGUAAUGCAUUUUUUGGUUAAUCAUGUGAAAGAUACUCUUCAGAGUGAGCUAGUAGGACAACUUUAUAAAUCGUCCUUAUUGGAUGAUCUCCUGACCGAAUCUGAGGACAUGGCCCAGCAUAGGAAAGAAGCAGCUGACAUGCUGAAGGCAUUACAAGGAGCCAGUCAAAUUAUUGCUGAAAUCCGAGAGACUCAUCUUUGGUGAAGAGAACUAUAUAACACCGACUGUUGACAUGAAACCUGCUAGUUACUGCCUAUUGAGUAGAAUUUUAUUUAUGAACUACUGGGUACUGCAGUGAUGCAAAUCUCCUCAUGUGAAGACUGGCUGUAAACUGAAGUGUAUUCUGCAAUGCAGAAAAAAUCACACAUUUAAUCCAAAUAAUAAAUGGCUGUUUCUAAAGUUUUCCUAUACAUAUACAUGUCUAUCUUGUGACAGUUUCAUUUGAACUUAAGAACUGUUGAUGUUCUAGUUGUACAAAGCCACUUGCCUGUGGAUAAGAUGACCUGUGUAAUUUUUGUUAGUAGU